AUGCGUCGAACAACUUCCCACCGAAAUUUCUUCCCCACAAACAGCGGAGGAUCCGCUGUAUCUGCUAGUGGAUCUAGCGAAUCACCACCUCCUCCCGGUGAUGAGAAUACCAAAAAGGUGAGAAAAACGGGGAUUUCAAAGGUGGUGGCGGAAAAUUCAAUUGUUAUUGUAGCCGUGCUGGGAUGCUUCAUGUGUGUCACUGUGAAUGGUUUGAUGCAAAAACUAGGUGUAAAUCCAAAGAUCGUAGAGGUGAAAGAGGCGGAGAAAACCGCGACUUUGGUGCAGCUGGCGAAGAUUGAGGACGGGAGCGGUGGACCGUGGGAGUUGCCGGCGGUAUAUAUUGGUGGGAAGCUGUUGGGUGGCGUUGAUAAAGUAAUGGAGGCUCAUCUCAACGGAGAAUUUGUUCCCAUGCUUAGGGCAGCUGGAGCCAUAUGGCUUUGA